AUGCGGCGUAAGUUUUUUUUAAAGUUGUUACUGAUCUUAAAAUGGUUUUUAAAGCAAGUAGAGUACUUUUUUGUCUUAGCCUAACCCUUAUCUUACACUUUUGUUCCGGCGUAUUUCUACAUUUUUUUAAAAUUUUAGAUUGACCUUGUCUUGCACUAACUGUCUUUUGGCCGUACUCUGACUUUGGUAUUGGCUUGAGUCUUUGCUUUAGCUCUUUGUUAUUACCUCUGGCUCUGGUCGUAGCUCGAGUCUUAGCCGUAGCUCUUAUUGAGCGUUAACAAAGCUAAGCCAAAGCCAAAUCCUAACCAAACCUACCAGAUUUUUCUAACUAUACCCCAGUUUUAAGCUAGCUAUGUUCAACCUUAGCCCUACCCUUAAAAAAUUUAAAAAAAUUUUCUUACUUUCAAGACUUUAAAAAUAAAAAUUUUCAGUGUUUUACAUUGCUUGUUGGAGUGGGCUUCUUUUUGCACAAAGAAGCUUAGCGGCGAUGGGAAUCGGCUCACGAGAACUUCUAACCAGUCCAUUGGAAUCGCUUUGGAAACGGUCGGCCUUCAGGUAAAUAUUUUUUAACAAAAAGUGAUAAGAUGAAAUAUUGAUAAAACGGACUUUUUCACACAUUUUUAAUUUUUUUGUUUUUUUAUUUAAAACUUUAAAAAAAUGUUUUAAAAGUUUAAAUUUUGCAUUUUAGGAAUUCUGCAUAUCACGUCAGAAGCAACCACAACCGGCCACGACACAAGCGUCAUCACAGAGACGAGCGGGUACUGUACAUAAUCAAAAAGAAGGCGACUGGUCGAAAACGCCGGUCGAUAUCGGACGCUGUCAUUGAGACUGGUAAGAUAUUAAUCAUAGGUUUACUAUACCAUACUUUGCCUUACCCUACCUUAUUUUACUCUUCCCUAAACAGCCUUACCUUAUCCUACUUUAAAAAAACCCUACCGUACUCUACCUUAAACUGCUCUACCAUGCCCUAUUCUAAACUUCACUAUUGUAACCUACCCUAAACUUCACUAUCGUACCUUACUAUAUCCUAAAUUACCCUACACUAUCUUUCCCUACCAUAAAUCACCCUACCUUAAUUUAAAAUUACAGUACAUGGAUUAAAAAUUACAGUAAUUCUUAACUGUUUCAGCACGAUGCGAACACAUUGAGCUGGUCGACUGUGAAGCGUACGACUCGGACGAGAUGACCUGCAUGAUUACCGCGACAGGCAUGCCCUGUUGCAUAUGUAAUGGCAAGCUAAAGUCAUUGAAGGCACGACGCCAGAACUGGAGUUUGUGGUAG